UAUUUGACUGGUGAUGAAUGGUAUUGUAGAAACAACACUGAUUGUUUACCAUGGAAAAACUCGGGAGAAAAUCAAGUGGAAAACGUGUACGAAAAUCAAAACAUCUGUCGAUUAUUUUGUGGAAAAUAUGGAAGUUUGUGGCCUAAGCCAACAGGAAGAUGUGAAUUAGGAAAGUCAACUGUUGAUAUCAACACAGAUCUAAUCCGCUUCCAAUAUCCAGAGUAUGACUCAGAAAUGCGCGAUUUUAUAAAUCAAAUGACAUUUUUAUUUCUCAAAACUUUAAAUGAAGAAUGUGGAGGUGACUGCAAUAAUAUGUCAGAAAAUGAAAUGUUUGUUCGCAUCAGAAUCACAUCUCCAAGCUUAAAAUUGUAUUCGGAAACAAAUGAAGUGUAUCAUUUGAAUAUAACAACAAAUGCUAACAAAGUUACUGCGUUUAUAACCGCUGAGACAAUUUUUGGAGCACGUCAUGGACUUGAGACCUUGAGCCAAUUAAUGGUGAAGGGAAAAGAUAAAAUGAACCGAAAUAGUGUUGUAAUGAUAUCAAGUGCUUUUAUCAGCGAUAAACCGAUUUACAAACACCGCGGCCUUUUGUUAGAUUCAGCUCGACAUUUCAUUCCAAUGCCAACAAUCCUCAGAAUUCUUGAUGGAAUGUCAUCAACAAAGUUGAAUGUUUUUCAUUGGCAUAUCAGCGAUUCUCAAAGCUUUCCUAUGGAAACGAAACGUUUACCACAAAUGAAUGUUUAUGGUGCUUUUUCUGAAGAUAAAGUGUACCGUAAAGACGACAUUGAAUCGAUAAUAAAAUAUGCAAAAUAUCGAGGGAUUCGAGUAAUUCUUGAACUUGAUGCACCAGCACAUGCUGGCCAUGGGUUUGACUGGGGACCUGAUUAUGGGUUGGGAAACUUAGCAGUUUGUGUUAAUAAUCAACCAUGGAGGAAGUCAUGCGUUCAACCUAACUGUGGACAAUUAAAUCCAGCAAAUGAGAAUCUUUAUUCAGUUCUCAAAGAUAUUUAUAGCGACAUUUACGAUUAUAAGGAAAAAGAUGAAUUUCUUCAUCUUGGUGGCGAUGAAGUUUUCAUGGCAUGUUGGAAUUCAACUGAAGAAGUCACUGACUAUAUGGCAACAAAAAAUUACACUCGAGACACUUUUGGUUUUCUUCAACUGUGGUCGGAAUUUCAAGAGAAAGCUUUGAAAGUUUGGGAUGAAGUUACGAGUGAUAAAAAUGAUUCGAUUAUUUUAUGGUCGAGUGAAUUAACAUUGCCUGAAAAUAUUGAGAAGUUUUUACCGAAGGAACGUUACAUUGUUCAGACAUGGCUUCCAGACAAAGCAGAAGUUCCCUUGGAAUUGAUGAAAAAAGGUUACAGAGUCAUCAUGUCAACGAAGAAUGCGUGGUACUUUGAUCAUGGUUUCUGGGGAUCAACAAGAUAUUACAAUUGGAAGACUGUUUAUCAGAACAAACUCCCAAAAAAUCCAUUAGUGCUUGGCGGCGAAGCGUGCAUGUGGAGCGAAUAUUGCGACGAACAUUCGAUUGAAGUUAAAAUUUGGCCACGUUUAAACUCAGUAGCUGAGAGAUUGUGGAGUGAUCCAAGUGACAACAUCAAAACCGUUGAAUCUCGAUUCUAUCGACAAAGAGAAAGACUCAUUUCAAAAGGAAUUCCAGUUGAUGCUGUUGUUCCGGAGUUCUGCAGCCUUUUUGAAGGUGAAUGCAGAAGAGUUAAAUAA